AUGUCAUCUUCAAAUCCUCAAGUUCUAAAAACAACAGCCAAACCACCCCAGACAACUCCCGGCUCGACCAAUCCACACACCAGCCUCCUGACAAUCGACAUCCUAACAAGCAUCCUCUCCAAAUCACUACUCAACCCUUUCAUAGCCUGGAUUUUCGUCCUCUGCCUACGCGCCCAUGUAACCCCAUCAACAGAUCCAGCCUGGAUCCUCGCUGUAAGCUAUGCAACGGCCAUGACAGUCCUCUUCGUCGUGCGAAUUAUCAACCAGCGCGCCGCCUACGGCGCCCCGCGAAAAGUCGAUUUCGAGCAUGAGGUCGUGGUCAUCACUGGCGGGGCGAGUGGGCUAGGUCUGCUAAUUGUGCAAAUGUAUAGCAUGCGCGGGGCGAGUGUCGCUGUGCUGGAUAUUAAAGAUGUUCCGGAAAAAGGCCGCGAUGAGGUCUUUGGGGAGGGCGUUUUGUAUAUUACGUGUGACGUCGCGGAUAGACGUGCUUUAGAAGUUGCGAGGGAGAGGAUUUUGCAAGAGUUAGGAACACCGACGAUCGUUAUCAACUGUGCCGCGGCCAGGAUCAACGGUCUCUCGCUGCUUGAUCUGCCAGCGGACGCAUUCGAGAAGACAAUCCGCACCAAUCUCCUAGCGGCUUUCCAUCUGUACCAAGUCUUCUUGCCUGGGAUCAUCGCAGCAAAGAGUGGAGGAACUCUUGUCACAGUCAGCUCCGUGCUGGGCCAACUGAGUGCCGCGGGACUGUCAGACUACGCAGCGAGCAAAGCAGGACUUAGCGCGCUGCAUCGGACGAUAGAAGCGGAAGUUCGGGUUAACCCGUUGAUCAAGACAUUGCUAGUGGAAGUUGGUCAGAUGUCGACGCCGUUGUUCGACUGGGUGCGUGCGCCGAAUCAUUUCUUUGCGCCAAUCCUGGAACCCGUCGAAGUUGCCCGGGAGAUGGUGGCAGCGAUUGAUAGCGGUCGAGGUGGUGUGAUCAGGUUGCCUUUUUAUGCAAAGCUCGUGAAUUGGUAUGCCGUGCUACCCGCUACGGUGCAGCGGGUUGCGAGAUAUCUGAGUGGGAUAGAUGCUGCUGUUACGCAAAGCCGGCAGACAUCUGGGAAGACAUAUUGA